AUGGCUCUCAUCUUCACCCUGCUUGCUUUGACCCUCUUUGCUCAGAUUGAGGCCUUUGACCUGGGCCAGUCCACUCGCUGUGUGCCUAUACCUCACCAGCUGAGUGUGUGCCACGACGUGGGGUACUCUGAGAUGAGACUGCCCAACCUCUUGGGCCACAGCAGCCUGGAGGACGAGGUGAUCCCUCACUCAGAGAACUGGCGCACUUUGCUGCAGACAGGCUGCCAUCCUCAGGCCCAGGCCUUCCUCUGCUCCCUCGUCGCUCCUGUCUGUUUGGACACGUUCAUCCAGCCCUGCCGAAGCCUGUGUGUGGCUGUGAGGGACAGCUGUGCUCCUGUUCUGGCCUGUCACGGCCACUCCUGGCCUGAAGCUCUGGACUGCGAUCGCUUCCCUGCUCAGGAGGACAUGUGUCUGACCCCACUGCCCAAACACAUCAGCAACUUCCCUAAAGGUUUUCCACAGCCUGCCUGCCAGUCGUGUCCUUCAGUGGAGGAAAUGCCCUCUCUCAAAACAGUGAUGGAUGCUCUCUGUCUGAAUGACUUUGCGGUUAAAGCUAAGCUGUACCGGCGGCGCCUGCCCUCUGCUGAGCCGGAGCUGGAGGUGGAGGGGAAGCUGGAGUUUAUUGAGCGCGGUCCUCUGCUGCCCUACAGCGCCGCGCAGCUGCUGCAGCACUGGCUGCUGCUCAACCUCCGCUGCGCGCACGAGCUGGUGCGGCCUGGGCGCGCGCAGCUCUACCUGCUGACCGGCCGAGCUCGCGCUGACGGCACCAUGACCGUCACCCACUUCUUCCCCUGGCUGAAGAAGGACGCGCACAUCGCCACGGCCGCGCGCAAGUGGAAGCAGCACAAGUGCUGAGAGAGGCGGGAGACUGAGCAUCGCUCCCAGUGUAUACUGGAAAACUGACCACUAACAAACCACAGGGGUCAGGAGUGCUGAACGAACACUGGCCCGCACCGCACCGCACACACAUGUAUGUACAGUAUAUAACUUUACUGUAUGUGAGUGUAAGUGUGUGUGCUGGUUAAAGCGGGGGUCGUAGCUGAGGGUCGUGCUGGAUCUGCCCCCCCCCGCUCCGGACUGACCCCCACUCCUAUGGGGCGCCAGUGGGACUCCUACGCAGCUUUCUGAGCACAUGAACUCUGACUGAAUGCACUCUGUAAAUAAUGAGCCUAUAGAGUUAAUUGUACAGUAAAAAAAAUCAGUAAAGUAGAGUUAAAUGAUUUGUAAAGAUAGUAUUUUCUAUUCAGAUAUUGCUGUAUUUAUGUGUGUCUGUUGUGUGUUUGUGAAUAUAACAUAGCUAAUAAAUGUGUUCUUGAUUGAA